AAUGGAUUCUUUAUCUUUGUUUAAGAAGAAACAAUAAUAAGAAAUAUAAUAGGCUCUUGCAUAUGAAAAACAUAUUCGAGAAAAAGAACUAUAAAAAAGUUAACUUGUGUUAAGAUCUUGUGAAAGAAUGUCAUUAAUUACUGAUAGAUAACUACAAAAAUUAAAAUAAAGCCAAAUGUCUGUAGUUAAACACCAAUAAAAUGAGCAUAGAUUUAAAUCAUAGGAAAGUGAUACAAUACGUACAAGGUAAUAAAGUUUCUUAUAUAUAUUAGACCUAAAGUAGAACUAGAGUAAGAAGCAUAUGAGAGAUGGAUUUCAUCUCAAAAAAGGCAAUUAAAAAGAAUAGAAACAGAAAAGUUGAAGAAAUUUGAGUCUAAAAUUGAAAGAGCAGAAAAAAUUAAGAUAAUGAAAGAAUAAGAACAUAAAAAUAAAUAAAAAUUGCGUAUUGAAACAUUAAUCUAAAAGGAAUAAAUUCACAAUGAAUACACACAUAGGCUACAUGUAAAUAUUCAGAUUUACCAUUUUAAUUUAGAAAUUAUAGAAAAAAGUAUACGCAAAGCAAAUAAAGCUUGUUUGA